UGCCGCCGUGUGCGCCCUGUCGUCCCCCAGCAGGACCAGCCCGGCCGCCAUUCACAUGCAAAUGACGCCCUAUAAAUACUAACAACAGUCUGCACGUCUCACUCGGGUUCCGCAAUAAACACACGGCAGGCAGAGAGGAGAGGAGAAGGACCCACACCGAAAGCAACAUGGCUCCUUCCGCUCGGCCCGACAAGGAGGAGGAGAGCUCGAAAGCGGACAGAAAGGUGAGGAAACCUCUGGUGGAGAAGAAGAGGAGAGCCCGCAUGAACGAGAGCCUGCAGGAGCUGCGGGGUCUGCUGGAUGAUUCCGACCUGCACUCCAAGAUGGAGAACGCUGAGGUGUUGGAGAUGACUGUGAAAAAGGUGGAGGGCAUCCUUAAGAACAGAUCACAAGAAGCAGACACGUUGAGCCACGACGCGAGCGAGAGGUUUGCAGCCGGCUACAUCCAAUGCAUGCACGAGGUCCACACCUUUGUGUCCACCUGCCCCGGCAUCGACGCCACAGUGGCCGCCGAGCUGCUCAACCACCUCCUGGAGUGCAUGCCCCUGAACGAAGACCACCUGGGGGACGUGCUGAUGGAUCUAAUCGCCGACACCCCCGGGAGCACGUGGCACGGCGGCGGAGACAUGUUGCAUUCCGCGCUGGCUUCGCCCGGAGGAAGGAGUGUGUCCAGCGGCUCGUCCUUCUCGCCGGCCCCCUCCAGCACGUCCAGCGAAGACCUGUGUUCCGACCUGGAGGACACAGACGGUGAGCACAAUCACAGCACCGUGGAAGCUUUGGAGAGCAGGGAAGCUCUGGGCAUUCCCACGAUAACCUGCCCCAGGUCUAUGUGGAGACCCUGGUAGGGGCUCACGAGUGCGGACAGGCCUUACCCUUACUUACCCUUACUGAAAGGAAAGACCCCACCCCAAAAUGAACACUUAAUAAUCACCUACUUCUGCAAAUAAUAUCUUCCUUGGAAUUAUACCUGGACUCUCUGAAUUGAUUACCAGGAAUACCAGGACCAGGAAAACCACAGAAAAAGUCUGCAGCAAGCGUUUUUGAUUUUUGCGCAGCACGAAUUUCUGAUCAAGAGUGGAUAUUCCUUGCUCACAACUUCACCACUAAAGACCAAGAUGGCAGAAACCCCUGUUUGAUGUACUGUAUACGGGACCAGUAUGGGUACAAGAGAGCUCUUUUAGAAACAAAUUAUGUUUGGCAGUGCCUCUGAUUAAUAUAAAUAUUUUUUGUUAUCGUAUUUCGGAAAGACCAUUUUAGUGGAACUUUGGUUAGAAUGUCUUCCAGAAGGUCUGCCAGACGCUAAACAUGUCAGUUUUUCCCACAUGAAAAAUAUAAAUGCAAUUACCGGUACUCCAUUCCUGAAAGUCAAAAAUGCUGACUUUGGGGCGAGAGGCGGGGUACACACCAUGGACUGGUGGCCAGCCAAUCCCAGGGCACAUAUAGACAAACAACCAUUCACACUCACAUUCAUACCUAUGGACAAUUUGGAGUGGCCAAAUAACCUAGCAUGUUUUUGGAAUGUGGGAGGGAACCAGAGUACCCGGAGAAAACCCACCCACGGGGAGAACAUGCAAACUCCACACAGAUUCGAAUCAAAUGCAUAUAAACCAUAAAUGAAAAGGAUAAAUUUAUAUUUAAAGGUUAUUUCUACCUUCACUGAAGACAAGAUUCUUGACGUGACUUCCCAAAGACACGAUGUGGCAGCGAGAUCAACACACAACACCACCUUCCUGUUUUGCCAUGAGUUAUUUCUUGAAUUCAGUAAUGUUUGUGUCAUGUAUCCCUUUUGCCACUUCUAUGAAUACAAAACUGUAAUUGUAAAAGUACAAAAACGGGUUUUGUGUUAACAGUUUUGCGAGUCAACCGCUGACUGCCGGUUCCGGUUGCCAUUUUGUUAGCUAGCUAGCUCAUCGGAUGACUCAUGCAGUGUAUUUACCAUUCGCCAUAUUGUACCAUAAACAGGAGAAAUCACGCUAACCCAGGCGGAUGCUAACCAAGGUUCCACUGUAGUUUAUUUGUCCAGUAACCUCCUUUAGACUAUUGUGCUGUUAUGAUGUGUAGACGACUGAAUAAAAAGAUUGUAAAGAUA